CUACGAAUGAAGCUCCCGAGCACACUUGGGACCCCCAGACUGUGACGAUGCAACAACCACUUUCUCCGGCUCCUCCCCAAGCUCUCGAUGCUAAUAUGCCGGCGACGACGCAUGAAGCAACAGAACUUAACUUACGUGGCGGUGGUGAAGCCGGGAAUGUCUGCUGUGGCGUAUGCUGUGGCCUGCUUUGCUUUGAGUGCUGCUGUGGCGGUGAUGAAUAGAGAGGCUCUGGACCAAUCUCUUGAUUCUCCUCUCGGUCGUCAAAGUGUUGAUUGACCGAAAAGAGCGUCAAAAGCUCUAAACUUGAGGAUGUUACACCGGCAUCAUCUCGAUUCGUUCUUAGUAAACCUUUGUCACAUUGAUACCAAUGUUUAAC